AUGGCAUGUGCUGUUGGUAUUAAAUAUGUUGGUCUUGUGAUGAUUGUUUAUGGUGUAUGCGAUGCAUUGAGUAGUUUUAGUUUUGGUCAUAUUGCAAAAUAUAUCGGUCGAAUGUAUUGUUUAAUGUUUGCUGCUUUAAUUAAUUAUACAUUAAUAAUAACUAUGCUUUUAUGGGUACCACAAGAAAAUCAAUUAUGGGUUUUAUUUAUACUUGCUGGUUUAUGGGGUGUAGCUGAUGGUUGUUGGCAAACUCAGAUUGCUGCUGCAUAUGGCACAUUAUUCACUGAAAAUGAAUCAGCAUUUUCAAAUUUUCAUUUAUGGGAAUCGCUUGGAUUUGUUAUUGCUUAUGUGUAUACUCCACGUAUUCGUAUAAGAUAUGCGCAUAUUAUUCUUCUAUGUGUACUUACUUUAUCAAUGGUAUGCUAUACAAUCAUUGAGAUUAGAGAAAAACGAAAAAAGAAAAAAGUACCUGAGGAAGAACCAUCGAAAUCAAAAGAUGACAUAGAAUCCACGAUUGCAACAGCUCUUUAA